CUUGUUUAGGACUUCAAAACGUACGUGGAUCAAGCUUGUAAAGCUGCUGAAGAAUUUGCAAACAUUUACUAUGAAACCAUGGAUAAAAGGCGGCGGGUGUUGACCAAACUCUACCUGGACAAAGCAACAUUAGUCUGGAAUGGGAAUGCGGUCUCUGGGCAGGAAGGACUGGCUGACUUUUUUGAAAUGCUGCCUUCCAGUGAUUUUCAGGUGACCUCGUUUGACUGCCAGCCUGUUCAUGAGCAAGCAACUCUGAGCCAGGCAACCGUCCUUGUUGUGACGUGCGGGAGUGUAAAGUUUGAGGGGAGCAAGUAUCGAUUCUUCAACCAGAACUUCUUGCUAACAGCACAGACCACAAACAACAAUACAGUGUGGAGGAUCGCGAGCGACUGCUUCCGCUUCCAAGACUGGCUGAGUUAA